AGACCCUGAUGGACACGAAGUGGGUGACCUCUGAGUUGGCAUGGACAACUCAUCCAGAGACAGGGUGGGAAGAAGUCAGCGGUUAUGAUGAGGCCAUGAACCCCAUCCGCACGUACCAGGUGUGCAACGUGCGGGAGGCCAACCAGAACAACUGGCUUCGCACCAAGUUCAUCCAGCGCCAGGACGUCCAGCGCGUCUACGUGGAGCUGAAAUUCACCGUGCGGGACUGCAACAGCAUCCCCAACAUCCCCGGCUCCUGCAAAGAGACCUUCAACCUCUUCUAUUAUGAGUCGGAUACUGAUUCUGCCUCUGCGAAUAGCCCUUUCUGGAUGGAAAACCCCUAUAUCAAAGUGGAUACAAUUGCCCCAGAUGAGAGCUUCUCCAAGCUGGAGUCUGGCCGUGUGAACACCAAGGUGCGCAGCUUUGGCCCUCUCUCCAAGAAUGGCUUUUACCUGGCCUUUCAGGACCUGGGAGCCUGCAUGUCCCUCAUCUCCGUCCGGGCUUUCUACAAGAAAUGCUCCAACACCAUUGCUGGCUUUGCAAUCUUCCCGGAGACUUUAACGGGGGCUGAGCCCACUUCUCUGGUCAUCGCGCCGGGCACCUGCAUCCCCAAUGCGGUGGAGGUGUCUGUACCCCUGAAGCUGUACUGUAACGGUGAUGGCGAGUGGAUGGUACCUGUGGGAGCCUGUACGUGUGCUGCCGGAUACGAGCCGACCAUGAAGGAUACCCAGUGCCAAG